UUGACUUUUGGGCCUGGCCACGUCUCGCUCAGAUCUGUACGACAAAGAACAGGCCAACAGGCGCGAUUUGCAGUGGGCGUACAAUGAAAACGUUUUCAAUGGGCGCUAUGUACCGGACUAGGUUAACUACACCAGAUGGACGGAGACAGCUCGACCACCGACGCCUCCCAGCUGGGCAUCAGCGGAGAGUUUGUGACAUCCGGUCAAUACGUCUUCCAGUCCCAAGACGAUGACGGAGAGGAGAAUCUGAAUGACCACGACGAUGGUGGCAUCAAGGAAAACUUCAGGGAGCAGGACAUCUAUCUCCCCAUUGCCAACGUGGCUCGCAUCAUGAAGAACGCUGUUCCUCAAACCGGAAAGAUUGCGAAAGAUGCCAAGGAGUGCGUGCAGGAGUGCGUGAGCGAGUUCAUCAGCUUCAUCACGUCGGAGGCGAGUGAGCGAUGCCACCAGGAGAAGAGGAAGACCAUCAACGGGGAGGACAUCCUGUUCGCCAUGUCCACGCUGGGCUUCGACAUGUACGUGGAGCCGCUGAAACUCUACCUGCAAAAGUUCAGAGAGGCCAUGAAGGGGGAGAAGGGGAUUGCAGGAGUGCCGGGGGGAGAUGGCCUGGGAGAUGAGCUCACGGACGAUAACUUCACAAACCCACUGCCAGCUGGCAUCAUCACAGCGGAUGGUCAGCAGCAGAACGUCAUGGUGUACACCACCGCAUAUCAACAGAUCCCCACCGUGCAGCAGAUCCAGUUUUCAUGACGAGGCCUUACCCCUUAACACGGCCAGAUGACCUACGACCUCGCCACAAGGCAAUGGUCAUCAGAGGGACAGAGAGGAAGGGGGGAGGAGGGGGGAGUCACAGAAACCCCCAUGUACAGAAACAUCAGAAAGUGUAGUUCCUAGUUGUGAGAUACCAAAUGUUUUGGAGUGCAUCCAAACCAACUUGGAAGAAUCAAGGCUUUAUUUUAAAGGCUAGUCUUAUUAGUGGUCAAAUAGGUUGUUAUUUUUCUGUGCGUGUGUUGAUGUGUUUGCUUUUAUGCAUUUCUUUCUUUUGGGGUAGGGGGGUAGUAAUGGGAAGUGUUGUACUGGAUGUUUAUUUUGGAACACACUCUGUUUUGAACGGAGAGCAGACCCAUUGCUGUCAGAUCAUGCAGCUCUUUUGUAAGUUAACACAAUGUACCAUGUGCUUUAAUGUUAUGUAAAUCCUUUGAAUAAAAAUUCAACAGUGA